UCCGUCACCAAAGGGUCCGCUUCCCCUUCCCUUUCUCCAAACGAGGGGGCGGGCGGCGCCUGAUUGGUUGCCGCGAUUAGCGCGCCGCCGUCGAACAAAAGCGCUCCCUUUCAUCCAGUGUCUCCCCAAUCUCCCUCCCUCCUUUUUUCUCCUUCUCAUUUUCCGGAGGUAUUCAUUUCCUCGCUCUUCUUCUUCCGGCUGCUGAUUGGGUGAGAGGCUCGGGGGAGUGAACGCCCUGCCUGCCGCCGCUCCGUCAGCUGGAGCGCCCUCCUUCCUUCUUCCUUCCUUCCUUCCUUAGUCCCAAACCAAGCCUCGCCUUUGAACUUCCCCGAAGCUUUGGGCUCCGGAUCCCUCUCUGCCGUCGGGAGCCUCAGGACUCCCACCUCUUCCUCACCCACCAAUUUGCUCUUGACCGCACUCUACUCUUCCUGAGGGAGCACAAGCCCCCCUGCCUCCAAACCGGGCUCCGGAUUUGCCUUGGGACGUCCGUCGGGGACUGGAUCCCGGAGAGAAGUGGUAUGAUCAGCUGAAGUUGUUCGAGAGGCCGGAGGAGGAGGAGGAGAAGCGGAGAAGCGGAGGAAGGAGAGAGCUCUGCAGGCAGGCAGGGAGGGAGGAAGGCAGCACCAUGUCGAAGCCCUCCGACCACAUCAAGCGGCCCAUGAACGCCUUCAUGGUGUGGUCCCGGGGCCAGCGGAGGAAGAUGGCCCAGGAGAACCCUAAAAUGCACAACUCGGAGAUUAGCAAGCGCCUGGGCGCGGAGUGGAAGCUGCUCUCGGAGGCCGAGAAGCGGCCCUACAUCGACGAGGCCAAGCGGCUGCGCGCCCAGCACAUGAAGGAGCACCCCGACUACAAGUACCGGCCGCGGCGCAAGCCCAAGAACCUGCUCAAGAAGGACAGGUACGUCUUCCCCUUGCCUUACCUGGGCGACGCGGACCCGCUGAAGGCGGCGGCCGGGCUGCCCCUGGGCUCCUCGGACUCGCUGGCCGAGAAGGCCCGCGCCUUCCUGCCCCCCACCUCGGCGCCCUACUCGCUCCUGGACCCCGGGCAGUUCGGCUCCGGCGCCCUGCAGAAGAUGAGCGAGGUGCCGCACAGCCUGGCCGCCGCCGGCGCCCUGCCCUACGCCUCCAGCCUGGGCUACCAGAACGGGGCCUUUGGCGCCCUGGGGUGCCCCAGUCAGCACACCCACACCCACCCCUCGCCCACCAACCCGGGCUACGUGGUGCCCUGUAACUGUUCCGCCUGGUCGGCCUCCAGUUUGCAGCCGCCUGUGGCCUACAUCCUCUUCCCGGGCAUGGCCAAGGCCGGGCUAGACCCCUAUUCCUCAGCGCACGCCACCGCCAUGUAACACAGGCAGGCAGGCAGGCAGCACACCUCCACCGUCACCACCACCUCAAACCACCACCACAGCCGCGGCAGAGCCAGCAGAGCAGCAGCAGCAGCAACAACCCCCACCUCCCACUGACAGCCCCACCACCAUCACACCCCGCAGGAUGGAGAGAGAGCCUACCCUGGCCGGCCCUUGGAGCGGGAACCCCUACUACAUUUGACCUGCAUGUCACAUAGCGAGACUCCACAGAUAUUUUUUAAAAGCCGGCUCGGAAGGCAUCUACCUGAGUGCGGGACUGCUGCCCUGGGGGCCCGGUCUCACCUGGGGAAAGACUUUCCAGACUCCUUUCUUCCUUUUUCCUCCCGAAGGGGAUAGGGAGGGAAACGAUGAGACUUUGCAAUCUCAUUGUUGGGGAAUCUGAGCUGUUAGGCUCAAAAUAAACCUCAGUUGGGGUUAUGGGCCCAGCUCAUCCAAAACGAAGAGACAAACAAACAAACAAACUCCCAAUGCACCCGGAAAGGUGUUUUCUUUCUUUCUUUCUUUUUUUCUGCACUUGGGGCUCAGAGGUGCCCGAAACUUGUAAGAAUUGUAAAUGUAUCUCAAACUUUUAAUUUGUUGUCGAAAUCAUUGGGUUGCUGUGAGUUUUCCGGGCUGUUUCCGGAGUAUUCUUUUCUGACGUUUCACCUGCAUCUAUGGCAGGCAUCCUCAGUGGUUGUGAGGUCUGUUGGAAAGUAGGCAAGUGGGAUUGAUAUAUCUGUGGCCCAGGAUGGAAGAAAUAACUCUUGUCUGUUUGAGGCAGGUGUGAAUGUUGAAGUUGGCCACCUUGAUCGGCAUUGAAUAGCCUUUCAACUUCUGAGUGCUUACUGCCUGGGGGAAUCCUUUGUUGGGAGGUGUUAGCUGGUCCUGAUAGAUUCAUGUCUGGAAUUCUUCUGUAUUUUGAGUGGGUUUUUUUACUGUCCUGAUUUUAGAGUUUAUUCAAAUACUGGUAGCUAGAUUUGGUUCAUUUUCAUGGUUUCCUCCUUUCUGUUGAAAUUGUCCAAACGCUUUUGGAUUUCUAUGGCUUCUCCGUAUAGUCUGUCAUAGUGGUUGUUAGAGUGGUCCAGCAUUUCUGUGUUCUCAAAUAAUACUCUGUGUUCAGACUGGUUCAUCAAUUGCUCUGCUAUGGCUGAUUUCUUUGGUUGAGAGAAAUCAUGUUCCUUGAUUCGUGUUUGGGCAAUGAUGCCUUUGGUGGUCCCUAUGUAGACCUGUCCACAGUUGCAUGGUGUACAAUAGACUCCUGCAGAGGUGAAAGGAUCCCACCCUGGACCUUCCACAGACAUAGAAACCCCACUUGCCUAGUUUCCACCAGACCUCACAACCUCUGAGGAUGCUUGCCAUAGUAGCAGACGAAAGCUCAGGAGAGAAUGCUUCCUGACACUGGCCAUACAGCCCGGAAAACUCACAGCAACCCAAACUUUUAAUUGCUCUUAUUUUUUUGACAAGGUCAAACAUCUUUCUUUCUUUUUUUGUGUGUUUUUUAAAUAUAUAUAUUAUUUAUUACCUGUAUGUCUAUGAGUUUAUAUAUGAUCGGAUUAUGAAUGGAACUUGAAUUCCUAAAAUCCUGGAAGUAUUCAGACUUGAUGGUUUCCUCCCCCCCCCCUCUCUCUUUUAUUAUUUUUUUGGUUUUGCACAUUAAAAGUCAAGAUUUAACUGUUGUUAUAUAUAUCUAUAUAUCUAUAUUUUACCAUCCAGCACUAAUAGAUAAAUAAAAAUUGCUUUUCAUUGUCAAAAAAAGGAAAAAAAGAUUAGAUGAAGAAAGAAAAAAGGGGGAAAAAACCUCUUCAGAGUUAUUUAAAAAAAAGUGGGGAGGGGGCAAACGUUUAUAUUUCAAACAUGGUAUGAUAGUGUUUGUUUAAUUUCAAACCAGAUAGUCCUUCAAUUUGUGUGAAUCAGUGCAAGUAGACCUAAGUUUACUUUAGACAGAAUGUCAGAUAAUGAAGUCAGGCAGUAGAACUGAUUUUUUUUUCAAAAGCAGAAAAAAAGUAAUAACACAAAGUGAUCAUUUAAAAUAUGUUUUUAAAAUGUAUUGGGGGAUUGUAUCCAGAAGGAUUUUACCUCGUUGAUUCUGUUCAUUGGUUGAACAAAGGCAUUUUGAAUAAAGACAAUCUGUCGUCCAA